AGGGCCGGGCCGGACUCUCGGGGACCUCCCGCGUCCCCUCCCGGCGCGAUGCGCGCGCGGCCGCGGCUCUGGCCGCUGCUGGCCGCGCUGGCCGCGUGGCUGGGCGGCGCGCGCGGCGCCAUGGACGAGUGCGUGGCCGAGGGCGGCCGGCCGCAGCGCUGCAUGCCCGAGUUCGUCAACGCCGCCUUCAACGUGACCGUGGUGGCCACCAACACGUGCGGGAGCCCCCCCGAGGAGUACUGCGUGCAGACGGGGGUCACCGGCGUCACCAAGUCGUGCCACCUGUGCGACGCGGGCCAGCCCCACCUGCAGCACGGCGCGGCCUUCCUCACGGACUACAACAACCAGGCCGAUUCCACCUGGUGGCAGAGCCAGACGAUGCUGGCGGGGGUGCAGUACCCCACGGCCAUCAACCUCACGCUGCACCUGG